CACUACAAGUCCCAGAAGCCCCAGUUUCCUGGAGCCCGCGCCCGACCGCGCAACGCCCGCCGGGAGCCGGCCGGAGCGGCCAAGAUGUCGCAACCUAAGAAGAGAAAGCAUGAGUCGGGGGGCGGCGGGGAAGGAGGGGAGGGAGCCGAGGAGGAAGAUGGUGGAGCGCUGGAGGCGGGCGUGCCGCGACCCCGGAGGACUAAGCGGGAGCGGGACCAGCUGUACUACGAGUGCUACUCGGACGUGUCGGUCCACGAGGAGAUGAUCGCCGAUCGCGUCCGCACGGACGCCUACCGCCUGGGGAUCCUGCGGAACUGGGCAGCGCUGCGAGGCAAGACGGUGCUGGAUGUGGGCGCGGGCACCGGCAUUCUCAGCGUCUUCUGUGCCCAGGCCGGGGCCCGGCGCGUGUACGCGGUGGAGGCCAGCGCCAUCUGGCAACAGGCCCGCGAGGUGGUGCGGCUCAACGGGCUGGAGGACCGGGUGCUCGUCCUGCCGGGGCCCGUGGAGACGGUGGAGCUGCCAGAGCGAGUGGAUGCCAUCGUAAGCGAGUGGAUGGGCUACGGACUCCUGCACGAGUCCAUGCUGAGCUCCGUGCUGCACGCGCGGACCAAGUGGCUGAAGGAGGGCGGGCUUCUCCUGCCGGCCUCCGCCGAGCUCUUCGUGGCCCCCAUCAGCGACCAGAUGCUGGAAUGGCGCCUGGGCUUCUGGAGCCAGGUGAAGCAGCACUAUGGCGUGGACAUGAGCUGCCUGGAGAGCUUCGCCACGCGCUGCCUCAUGGGCCACUCGGAGAUCGUGGUGCAGGGCCUGUCCGGCGAGGAUGUGCUGGCCCGGCCGCAGCGCUUUGCUCAGCUUGAGCUGGCCCGCGCGGGCCUGGAGCAGGAGCUGGAGGCUGGCGUGGGCGGGCGCUUCCGCUGCAGCAGCUACGGUUCGGCGCCCCUGCACGGCUUUGCCAUCUGGUUCCAGGUGACCUUCCCUGGAGGGGACUCGGAGAAACCCCUGGUGCUGUCCACCUCGCCUUUUCACCCGGCCACACACUGGAAGCAGGCGCUCCUCUACUUGAACGAGCCGGUGCAAGUGGAGCAAGACACGGACAUUUCUGGAGAGAUCACCCUGCUGCCCUCCCGGGACAACCCCCGCCGCCUGCGCGUGCUGCUGCGCUACAAAGUGGGGGACCAGGAGGAAAAGACCAAAGACUUUGCCAUGGAGGACUGAGCGCCGCGUUUUCUCCCAGCGACCUCCCAAGGCGGCCUGACCUGAGUGGGAGAGGUGUAGGGAGGUUGGAGGAGAAAGGGCGAUCCCACGUGCAAGUAGGGGGCAAUGUCUGCUCCCUUUUCCCUCAGGGCUGCUGGGGCAGGAACCUGACUUCAGUCUCCGUUUGAGGAGAUUUCUAACGGUGUUUUUUUUUUCCCCCCGACAAAGUGGUCCCCUCCCCACCCUUCAACCAAGGGAUACACCACGCUUGUUAAUGGGCGUUUAAGCCUCAAAAGCAUGUGGUAGCGAACAUUUGGGUUUCCAUUUCUUUUAUUUCACAGGAAAAGCAAAUACAGGAAUGUAAACGGCAGUUUAUGAAGGGUCCAUACACACACCUGACACCUCGCAGAAGGGUGAAAAAGUUCAGUGAAACUUUCAUUGUCACUUUAAUAUCUCUCUAGAGCCAUAUUUUCUGUCUCUGAAUUCCCCCUUUUCCUGGGUGCCUCUAGGCUAUGAUCCUUGAUCCUCAUUUUUUUUUUU